GUGUUCCAUCAGAUUAGCAAAGAGCUGGUGCCAGUCGGUGUAGACAGUAUUGAGCUGGAUGAACUAAUGGCCUGACUCAAAGGCAGCGUUGUGUGUUCCUAAAUUCGACAACUGGAAAGAAUGUAAUCCUGGUCACUUCAAAAGGCAAAGUUGUAACUGAAUUGUUUCAGGGCACUGUCCCUAAGGCAGUAGGCAGAAGGUCCCAGGUUCAACUCCCAGCAUCUCCAGGUAUGGCUGGGAAAGAUUCCUUGUCUGAAACCCUAAUGAGCUGCUGCCAGUCCGUGCUGCCAGUAUUGAGUGCCUUUUUAAACGCAAAUGGGUGAUGAAAAGGAAUCUUGGAAAGUGAAAACAUUAGAUGAAAUUCUUCAGGAGAAGAAACGUCGCAAGGAGCAAGAGGAGAAAGCAGACAUAAAACGCCUAAAAAAUUCUGAUGAUCGGGACUCGAAGCGUGAUUCCCUUGAAGAGGGAGAACUGAGAGAUCACCGCAUGGAGAUCACUAUCAGGAAUUCACCUUACAGGAGGGAAGACUCUAUGGAAGACCGGGGAGAGGAGGACGACUCCCUGGCGAUCAAACCCCCCCAGCAAAUGUCACGGAAGGAGAGGGCGCACCACAGAAAAGACGAGAAGAGGAAAGAGAAGCGACGGCAUCGCAGCCACUCAGCCGAAGGGAAGCAUGCUAGGGUGAAAGAGAAGGAACGGGAGCAUGAACGUAGGAAAAGGCACCGCGAAGAGCAGGAUAAGGCCCGCCGUGAAUGGGAGAGGCAGAAAAGGAGGGAAAUGGCUAGGGAGCAUUCUCGGAGAGAGAGGGACCGCCUGGAGCAGCUUGAGCGGAAGAGGGAACGAGAGAGGAAAAUGAGAGAGCAGCAGAAAGAGCAGCGGGAGAUAAAGGAGCGGGAGAGGCGAGCGGAGGAAAGGCGGAAAGAACGGGAAGCCAGACGAGAGAUUUCCGCACAUCAUCGGACGGUGAGGGAGGAGUACAGCGAGAAAGUCAGGAUCUGGAGCCGCAGCCCAAUCCGACAGCAGAGAGAGAAGCUUGAACAAGGAGAAAUCCGAAAGCCAGUGAAAGAGGAAAAACCGGAAGAGAGAGACCCUCUUUCCGACCUACAGGACAUCAGCGACAGCGAAAGAAAAACUAGCUCAGCAGAAACAUCAUCAGGGGAAUCGGCGUCUGGUUCGGAGGAGGAAGAGGAGGAGGAGGAGGAAGAGGAGGAGGAAUCCAGCAGUGAAGAAUCUGAAGAGGAGGAAGAGGAAGAGGAAGAGGAGGAAGAGGAGACUGGAAGCAACUCCGAAGAAGUGACUGAGCAGUCAGCUGAAGAGGUCAGCGAAGACGAAAUGACCGAAGAGGAAGAAAGGGAAAAUGGAGACCACAUCCAAGUGGUUGCAGAGUCGAGGUUCGACCGGGAUUCUGCGGGGAGCGAAGGAGAGGAAGAGGACGUCGGCGAGGGCACCCCGCAGUCUAACACCAUGACGGAGGGCGAUUACCUCCCCGAUUCGCCCGUGUCGUCACCCGUGGAGUUGAAGCAAGAGCUCCCCAAGUACCUGCCUGCCCUUCAGGGCUGUCGUAGCGUCGAGGAAUUUCAGUGUCUAAACCGGAUCGAGGAGGGGACAUACGGCGUCGUAUACAGGGCAAAAGACAAAAAAACAGAUGAGAUUGUGGCGCUGAAACGGCUGAAGAUGGAGAAGGAGAAAGAAGGUUUCCCCAUCACGUCGUUAAGGGAGAUCAACACCAUCUUGAAAGCCCAGCACCCAAACAUUGUCACUGUUAGGGAAAUUGUUGUUGGUAGUAAUAUGGACAAAAUCUAUAUUGUAAUGAAUUAUGUAGAGCAUGACCUCAAGAGCCUCAUGGAAACUAUGAAGCAGCCAUUCUUACCAGGUGAAGUGAAAACCUUGAUGAUUCAGCUGUUGCGGGGGGUCAAGCAUCUUCACGACAACUGGAUUCUUCAUCGAGACUUGAAAACCUCCAACCUGCUGUUGAGCCAUGCUGGCAUCUUAAAAGUUGGAGAUUUUGGGCUGGCCCGAGAAUACGGGUCGCCUUUGAAGCCGUACACGCCCGUCGUCGUGACAUUGUGGUACAGGGCACCUGAGCUGCUGCUUGGAGCCAAGGAAUACUCCACAGCCAUCGACAUGUGGUCUGUGGGUUGCAUAUUCGGAGAGUUGUUAACCCAGAAGCCGCUGUUUCCUGGGAAGUCAGAAAUAGACCAAAUUAACAAAGUUUUCAAGGAUCUGGGAACACCCAGUGAGAAAAUCUGGCCUGGGUACAAUGAGAUGCCGGCAGUGAAAAAAAUGACCUUCACAGAGUAUCCUUACAACAAUCUCCGGAAGCGGUUUGGGGCGCUUCUCUCAGACCAGGGAUUCGAUCUCAUGAAUAAAUUCCUGACGUACUAUCCGGGCAGAAGGAUCACCGCCGAAGACGGCUUAAAGCACGAGUAUUUCCGAGAGACUCCGCUGCCUAUCGACCCAUCCAUGUUUCCGACGUGGCCGGCAAAAAGUGAACAGCAGCGAGUGAAGCGUGGGACGAGUCCACGGCCUCCAGAGGGGGGCUUAGGAUACAGCCAGCUGGGGGACGACGAUUUGAAAGACACCGGCUUCCACCUUACUACCACAAACCAAGGGGCAUCAGCUGCGGGACCAGGCUUCAGUCUGAAGUUUUAAGCGUAAGAUCAAGCUAUGCAGGGAGGAGACGGGGAGAUGCAAGAGGGAAGUGGACGCUUUGCUCAAGCUGUCGGCAAGCGCAUUGACAAGCCAUCACUUUGCUUCUUUCCCGCCAGAAAUCCACUCCUCUAUUUUUUUUUUUACUUGGUUUUGGAGAAUGUCACCUGCAAGUAGUGAGGAAAAACUCUCUUCCUGUGUACUGGCACAAAAAGGGUGUUGCGUUUCCAUUGCAAGAAUUGGAACGAAUCUGAAAAGCCAAGGACUGUUUGCCACAGAAGAAAAAACUACACGAAACCAAAUCCCAGCAAACUUGAAUUACACUUUUGGAACUGUUUUCUUUUUUCCUUUUCUCUUUUGUUUUUAUUUAAAUCUUCUGUUCUGGAUGGGAUUUUUUUUUUUUUUUUGCUUGUACAUUUGUAGAAUAAAAAAGAAAUUCAAUUUUUAA